ACUGGAAGGAGCUGAGAACUCAAAGGAGAAGCAUUUACGCACAGGUCCUACACUCAACUGGGGCGGAAACAAUCUGCGGCUGCAGGUUUGCCACCGGCGGCAAAAAAAGGGGACACACGCAGCACUGAGGAGGAACUGAGAAUGAAUGACCGAGUUCCAACAAAGUGGUCGUGAGUUUCUGUUGGGAAAGCAUCAAGAUCUGCGGCAAACUGUGCAGGAUUGCCUUCAUCUCCAAAAUCCGGGUUGCAGCCGCAACUGUCUGAUUGAUGAGUGGAGUCCUGCUCAAACCCUGGGUAGAUGAAACAUCCUUUUUCAAGUGGGGAAACUGCAGAAACUGUGAUUGGCAGGAGGAGGAGAGUCUGACGGAGGAGCAGAGGAAUGUUGGCAGCCAUUUAGUCUGAGCUCAACAACGGAGGAAACAUGGAUUCUUCACAAAAAAAAUGUAAACACAGCAAUGGAGUGAGAUGUCGGACCUCUGAGGAGGAUAUGGAUGGUUCGGCAACAACAGCAGAAAGAGAUGAAUCACUGAGUUGUGAGCAAUGUGGCAAGACUUUUAUCACAGCAACAAAGCUAAGAAUUCACAAACAUAUUCGCACUGUGGAAAAACCAUUCAGCUGUGAUCAGUGUGGAAAGCCUUUUACUCAGAAGAGUCUGUUAAAAAGACAUCAGCUCAUUCACAGUGGAGUUAAACCAUUCAGCUGUGAUCAGUGUGGAAAGGCUUUUACUCAGAAGAGUGAUCUAACUAGUCAUCAACUCAUUCACAGUGGAGUGAAACCAUUCAGCUGUGAUCAGUGUGGAAAGGCUUUUACGAAGAAGAGUAAUCUGGCAAGUCAUCAACGAAUGCACAGUGGAGUUAAACCAUUCAACUGUGAUCAGUGUGGAAUGGCUUUUACUCAGAAGAGUCAUCUAGAAAAUCAUCAACUCAUUCACAGUGGAGUUAAACCAUUCAACUGUAAUCAGUGUGGAAAGGCUUUUACUACCAAGACUCUGUUACAAAGACAUCAACUCAUUCACAGUGGAGUUAAACCAUUCAACUGUGAUCAGUGUGGAAAGGCUUUUACUCAGAAGAGUAUGUUAAAAAGACAUAAACUCUUUCACAGUGGAGAUAAACCAUUCAGCUGUGAUCAGUGUGGAAAGACUUUUACUCUGAAGAGUGAUCUAACAUGUCAUCAACUCAUUCACAGUGGAGUUAAACCAUUCAGCUGUGAUCAGUGUGGAAAGGCUUUUACUAAGAAGAGUAACUUAGCAAGUCAUCAACAAAUGCACAGUGGAGUUAAACCAUUCAACUGUGAUCGGUGUGGAAUGGCUUUUACUCAGAAGAGUCAUCUAGUAAAUCAUCAACUCAUUCACAGUGGAGUUAAACCAUUCAACUGUGAUCAGUGUGGAAAGGCUUUUACUCAGAAGAGUAAUCUAACAAGACAUCAACUCAUUCACAGUGGAGUUAAACCAUUCAACUGUGAUCAGUGUGUGAAAACCUUUACUCAACAUGAACAGUUGUUGAUCCAUCAAUGCCCCCAUUCUGGUAGAAAGCGGUACCACUGUGACUCCUGUGAAAAAACUUUCAACGACCAACAGAGCUUAAAAUGUCACCAACGCAUCCACACUGGACAUAAUGUGUACCGAUGUGAUUACUGUGGCAAACCAUUUGUACGGUACUCAAAGUUAAAAGCUCAUGAAGUGACCCACACUGGGGUUAAACCAUACCUUUGUCACCAGUGUGGGAAGUCCUACAGCUACAUUACAUACCUCAAAGUUCACCAACGUGUCCACACUGGGGAGAGACCAUACAGAUGUGACGAGUGUAAGAAGACUUUUACAACUUUGGGUUCCCUGAAACAACACCAGCAGAUCCACACCAGAAAGAAAGCAUUCAAUCAAUGUCACAGUGGAACAGAACAGAUGGACAACACCCUCAGACUUGUCAGCACUCUUCCAAUGGUGAACAUUGCUGCUUUGACCAGUCUGGACCAACGUCCAACCAACAAGGAACCCUACAACGACACCAGCGUAUGCACACUGGACACAGACUGAACCCCUGCCAAGAAGAUUUGUCCAUGCAGGGUUCAGUAAAAGUUCUUGAAGUCCUCCACAAACUUAAAGUCCUUGAGAUCCGGCUUCACAGAAUUCAGGUCUAAUUUCUUGUUUAGUGUCUUCAUUGCUUCGUUGCAAAAUCCAUUAAGAGGAAAGCUGUCGUUGACAGACGUGACUGGUAAAUUAAUGAAACCAUUCAAAGUGGUUACUCAGUUAAAUGCAGGGCUUAAAGUUUUCCGGCGCAUGGAAAUGUACCAUUUAAAAAAAUUCAUCCAUCUCCGUCCCGAAGGCUCCAAGCAUGUGCGUCAUUGUGCAUUCAGUUGCUCUGCUUUAAUCAAUCAAACUCCAAAUCCUACAUUAAAAAAUAUAAACCCUCUGUCCAGGCAUGCGACUUUCUGAUAGAACUUUUAUCCAAUUACAGUUUUCUAACUGCGAGUGCGCAUCGACUGCUGGGUGCACGAUGUGCUGCACCCUCUUGGUUCGGCAUCGUCAGUGCUGCUGAGCCACUGAUAAGAAAUAACAGUAUCCCACAAACAAAAUCCAAAUGUGCAAUAUUUGUUGGUGUUUUUUGUAAUUAUAUUUAAAGGGAAUUACUGGAAACACAUUGAUAUAUAUUGCAUAUUAUUUAUUUUAUUUCUGCUUGGACUGUAGACCCAUUCCACGUGUCCCAGCCCUGUGGCUGCCUGGUCUCUCCAGAGCGCACGGAGCUCCAAUCUGUGAGUGGUGCGGUGAAGAAUCGAGCAGCUGAUCACUGGUCAAUAGCGUUGGAGCUUGUGUUUAGCUCAAAGACGCAGAUACUAAAGUUUGCUCAGACUUUGUGUGACAGAGGAGAGAGGAUGUGUCUCUGCUGAUUAACAAAGAGAGCAGCCGCUGCCGCGAUCCCUGAGCCGCGGUGCGUUGACUCGCCCCAUUCAGUGGCGAUCCGCGUGCAUGUCCCACAAUCCCCAUGGUUUCGCCACAAAAUAAAAACAAACGGGCUUAGAUAUUGAAUUUUAAAAAGUAACAAAAACAGAAGGUGUUGAUUUUGUUUGAUUUCUUAAUCUUUAAACAUUUUCUAUGUGUUUUACAACAGCAAAAGGAAAAAAGGAAACAUUUAUUUAGUUUGCUGGAUUUUAUUUUGAAAGGAAAAAAAUCAAAGAUCAAGCCAUACGGAUUUGUCCCAUUAUUCUCCUCAGAACAUCUGUUUAGUUAAAUAUGCACAAACUGAAUGUAGCUUAGGUGAUAUGAACCUUUUUGAUUUGAGGACAUAUAGGAUGUUUGUAAUAAUGAGUUAAAUAGCUCUCAGCAGAUUUUCUGACCUUAUGCAUCUGAAUGAUGUCUAGCCACAAACAAAAAAUCUCCAAUCUUAAGCAAAUAUUGUUAGUAAGAAAAGAAUGAACGUAUGAGUUGUGUGAAAUGAAUAAUGGAUAGAUAGUUAAAUAAGAAUGUUCUUAGCCUGCUUUUCACCGUUUUUUCUUUCCAAAAUAUAGAUAAAAAAUAGAAACAUUUAAAUUGAAAGCCAACUGAACAAAUUAUACAGUGAAUACAUUUUUUUCCCUUACCAAAAACAAACAAAAUGUGUGUCAGUUCAAAUUGAAAAUCAAAUGAUAUAAACUAAUCACACAGAUUAUUGAGGUGUAUCAAAUGAGCAGUUACUAACAUGCGUAUGUGUGGUUAUGUGCUACAGAGGGCUUCUUAAUCACAUCUGUGUGAGAAAUGGGCUGACUCCAGAGGAAAAGGCCAGAGUAGAAGUUCUUCAGCAUGAGCAGUCCAUUGCUGCCAGGACCCAGAUAAACCAGAUCAGGAAGGCCCGGACUUCUUUGCUAGUUACAGAGUUUGAGAGAGUCAGCAUCAUGAUCAGCUUAUUCAGAGGUAUCUUAUAUUGUGAGGCAAUAACUAAAAUUGCUUUUAAGAGUUAAUACUAGUACUUUUAUUACCUGCUGAAAUACAAAGUUGGUAUAGCAAGUGACAUAUGACAGUUUAUUCUCUUGUAGUGUUCCAGAGAAUAUUAAAUUUUUCAAACAGUAUUCUCCAAGCACUUAUAUUCUCUUGAGACUGACACUUGAGAUAAUGUUGUAAGUAAAAUUGUGCCUUAUGAAGGAAAGCAGCAGAGUUUUGUAGCAGUUUUGUUGUGGUUGGUGUUGUUUUGAGUUCUUGUUAAAUCUACUGAAGAGAUAAAAAUUAUUAAUAAUGCAUGUACUUGGUUUUCAUGAUUUUUCCCCUUUACACUAAAAUAAAUCUUUGCAAUUAUAGUGAUGUGGUAUUGAAACAUUAACACAAAAAAAAUCUGACUUUUGGCACUUUCUAAAAUGUCUUAAGUUUUGGCCAAGUAAGGUUUUACAUUUGAGCAACAACAAAAUAGUGGGAUCAUAAUCGGCAUCAUUUCCACCAGAUGACCUCAUAUUUGCUCUGAAUUAAUAGAAUCUCAUAUAUAUUGUGUUUUAGUGAGUUUUAAAAUACAUUUAAAUACGUUUAUUGACAGUAUAAAUUGGAUCUUAGAAGUUCAGGCUCAGGAUUUUUUCUCACUUUAAGCCCUGAUUUAAUUUCUGAUUCCUUUGUUCUUGAUUUGAUAAACUUUGCGUACAGGUUGUUCUUCUUUUUGCAAGCCUUUUUUAAGCCUGUGGUUAACCAUGGGCAAUCUUUGUAUCUAUUCUUCUUCUUAUCAUUUAUAAUAGGACAGUAUUUAUUAAAUGACAUAAUGAAUAUUUCUAAAAAGUUCUCAUAUGCACUGUCAGCAUUUUCUUCAUUGUACACUGAACUCCAGUCCUGUUCCAACAGGGCGUUGAACAGCGCAUUAGUUGUUUGUUCAGUCUGUAAAUGCUUCUGGCUAGCUAUCUUGAAUUUUGUUUUUUCCUACAUUUCCAAUCUUUUAUCGUGAACACAGGUAAGUGGUCUGAUAUGUCACAGAUCAGCAAUCCAUUUGUGCAUCCAUAUUGAGUGUCAUUGGUAAAAAUAUUAUUGAUUAAAGUAACACUGCUGCUUGUUAUUCUACUGGGUUUUGUAAUAGACGGAAAAAAGCUCAUACUAUUGUGGGAAAUGGUGUGUUUUAUAAUUGCUCAGUGUGCAUAUUAAAGAGUUGUAUUGGUUCUGAGGAAUAGGAAGGUCAAGAGCAUCAUUACCAUGGUGUGACUGUAAUGAAACAAAGAAGAUAAGUCCAGCUUUAUUUUACUUAUUACUCGUGAUUGAAACCAAGGAUGAUCAAGACAUAAAGUGAUUGAUAAUCAAAGUACAGACAGUUUUUGAUAAUAAAGGUAAAGAUAGUUUUUGACGUAAGCUGUAAUCAGUAAAGAACAUGAGCGAGUUGUAUGUGCAGUUUCUAAUCUUGCUUUGCAGAAGCGAAGUCAUUCCUACGUGAGCGUAAUGACAAAACAUCUGCUGUGACAGAGGACAGCGGAACAACGCAGCAUCGGAAGGGGCGGCCGGCCUUGAUCGAUAGCUAUACACACUGUUAGAGUAUAAGAAGACUGGGUCAGGAACAGUUAGCAGUCUGAUUCCAUCCGAACUGACUGAACACUUAUUGUCGGUUAGGGACAGAGGAUUCAGGCCCAGAGCUCUGUAUCGCACAUUCAAUUUUGCUGUAAUAAAUACUUUUGAUUUUAAGAAGAA